GGAGAGUGUCUUGGUGCUACGCCAGUGUUGUUGUGCAGGCUCGGAGAGACUGCCGUCACUCUUCUUCCACUCCUGCUAUUCCACAAUCCGUGUCUAUCAUACGCAUUGGUUGACGUGUGUCUUCCGACCCGACUCUUGUGGGUGUAAGGUCAGUGAAGGAUUAAGUCUGGGUGAGGUGCCGGAGGCUACACACCUGAUCUACACCACAACACAUGUUUACAAAUCGUGUAGUGACACGUGCUUGGAAAAAAAAAAGAGUAAAAUUGUAAAGAAAAAAUCAGAGAAUAGUUUCAUGUGUGCGCAUGACAAGAAGUGUGCCGCGACCUGAGAAGUGUCGGUCAAGCCACGAGAGGAAGAAGGCUGUGGUAUCUGGAAGACACAAAGUUCUCUCAACCUUCUGGGAGUGAGAGGAGCAGCACUGGAGUGGAGGACAGGCCACGACUACCAGACAUGUCCUGUCGUCGCUAGUAUCCCCAUCUAGCGGCUGCUACGCAAACUCUUCUCUCAAACAUUCCUUCUAAACUCCGCACCAUAUAAUAUAGAUUUAACAUUUCCCUGCAAUUUGGCUAAGUUAUCAUUAAGAGAAAGCAUACAAAGAAAGAGUUUCAAAGUAUAUAAUUGAUCUUGAGUCUCGGAAGGUGAAGUUAAGCGUCGGAAAUGAUGUAUUAAAGGAGGGAGUUUGGAGCACGCCAGAGAGUCAAUCACAAACUGUCACCAGCAUACAUUCCCUCAAAACUCUGCACCAUAAUAUAAGGAAUUUGAUACCUUCCCAUCAUUCUAUUUUGUUUUAUUAUUAAGCGAAAUCAUUUAGAAGUAAAGUUCCAAGAUUCAAUAAUUAUCUUAAGUAUCGGAAGGAAAGGUUAAGCGUCGGAAAUGAAGUACUAGAGGAAGGAGUUUGGAGCACGCCAGGGAGUCCAUAGCAGCCUAUCAGGCUCCAACCAUAGGGAUCAUGUCUUCAGUGGUGCCGGAGUUGUUGUUGUGGGACCAGUCUGUGAACAACUCGUGUGGGGGAAGGAUGGAGUGCGAGAUGCUGUACGAGUUGGGGCCGCCGCCCAAUAUGAUACUCAAUAUUCCUCCUCCUCCUAUACCACCUUUCAUGGAAGACUUUGUGGCUAGACUCGCCGCAGAAGGGAUAGAUAUUCACCAAGAUAGUGGCUUCCCAGAGGAAGAGAAGACAUGUAGUCUGUGCCAUUGGGCUAAUGGGAAUGGCGUUGGAUAUGUUGAAUUAGCACAGAAAGGUCCACUCAUCGAUGACACGUGGUUCCUGGUGAUCAUCUCCUCUUGUGUGGCCGCUACGCUGCUAGGCAUCAUCCUUGCUAUCGCCUUCCUCAAGUACAGAGAAGGCAAGCUGAAGCCGCUCAGUGAUGUGGCUCUGGCCAAGAAGGAGAAAGCUCUUGGUCUUGAGCGCUGCGAGGCUGUGCUCUACCCAACCCCGUCCCUGGCACCUGUGCCCGUGCCCACGCUGGACAACCGCACAUCGCGGGCACUGUGGGCGGGCAUCAAGCCCCUGGAGGGCAACCACUACACCGUCGACCACUGCCAGCCUAUGGAGCAGAAGCCGGUGCGUCUAGACUUGUUGCCGCCCCACGACAACACCUACGACUACGCCGAUUACAGUAGCGUCAGCUACGCUAGCGCUCCCUACAACAACCUCACGCCGCGCCUCGACCAGCACAGCCCCAGGCCCGCUCCCGCUGCUAGCUUUGAGAAUGUUGGCUACGUCCCUGGCGACGAGGCUUCCGAAGUAGAACGCAUCGCCCCUGACGGGUGUGUAGUAACAGCCCCGCGCGCCGCCAGACUCCUGGGGUCACCGCGGCCAUGCCAGGGGGUCCCCGACCAUCACCACUACGAGAUGGUGACACCCUCACCACGUCGUCACCGCUCCCUGGAGCGGGGACGCCAGCCACCCCUCAUCAGCGGGCCCACCAGUCUGGGUCCCGGCCGUCUGCCGCCCCUCAAUGGGCGCCCAUCUCCACGGUACAACCUCACUGCUCUGGCCACCGGCGCCCACACCCUCACGCCCAAGGUGGAGAGCUGCGCGCGGGCGGAACGUCGUCACGCCCACGUGUCUCUGGACCGUUCAGGCAGCACCAACACCACCCUGGCCCCCGCCUCCCCUACUGACCACAUCUACGCCUCUCCCAUCACAUCGCCGGUCAUUUGAAACAGCCGGGUGCCAUUAGCGCACCCACUUGGCCCGCCCUACUGGCACACCGGGCGCUGGGCCACGCUUGUUGCUAGUCAACUGAGGUGAGUUUGGUGCCAACACCUCCAUGGCUCUGGGAAGCACCAAGACACAAUUCCAGAGUCACUAAAACGGGUCUUGGGAGAGAGCGAGAGUAAUGGGAUCGCCACCACUACUUGGGAGUUAGUUUCUAGCACAAACAGCUCUGGAUGCAGGCUGGAUCUGAGUGUGAUCCUGUUAGUAUGGUUCUUUGUACCUGAACACGGGGGAUACUGGCAUUCUAAACCAGUACAGAACCUCGGGCCCACUGGUUGAAGGGACAUGAAGUGGACAGAAAAAUAUUAAGCACUGAACAUACAUAUGGGUUAUUCAUCGCAAGGUGUUGUGAAGGCUCUAUCCUCCACCUGCUAAUUGCGGAACACUAUACUAGCAGCCAGACUUUCCCAGAGCGAGCCGUGUUCGUCCUGAAGGUGCAGGUAACAAUCGUCGUAGUCUUAUCCCUCUCUGGCUUGCUGUACCUGAUGUAAGUGCAGUGUGUUAUGCUCUUACCUUGGGACCUGGUCCCUAUAGACCCCAUGACUUGGUUCCCAAACUUUCGGACCUGGUCACCAUAGUCUAGGACCUGGCCCCAACCCUAGAUGCCUAGCCCCUCAUUUCCUUGUAACCAAAAAUUCUGGUGCUUGGCUUUCCUCCCAAAGUCAAGAUAUUGUGGUCCAGAUCAGGUCUCUAGACCGCGGUACAAAGUACAGCUGAACAUGUACUCCCUCAUCACAGCUGCUCAAAAGGCCUGUGAGACCUGUACAUGCAUCGAGCCAGUCCAAUGAGUAACAAUGUGUCGUCUAAUGGUAAUGUUUCAUUUAGAAGGCUCAUUGUGUUGAUACCAAAGUGUAGUUUUAAGGGCCACCAAGUCUCGGAAAUACACACGUUUCUUCUAAUGUUUCUCUCGAGAGCAUUAGAUUUUGCACUAAUAAGUUCAUAUCUAUAUCACAUUGUUCUCAUUGUAUAUUUCCUGUCAUAAAUGUUUCGUUAUAUGUCGUUGACGCAUAUAAACCAUAUAAUAGUGAUCUCAUUAGUUUUCAGAUUAUCUGUAAAAACCAAGACUGUAUUGGUGGAAGAGUCUAUAGGUGUAAGCUACCUACCUACUUACCUACCUACACACACACACACACACACACACACACACACACACACACACACACACACACACACACACACACACACACACACACACACACACACACACACACACUCACUCACACUCACACUCACACUCACACUCACACACUCACACUCACUCACACUCACACUCACACUCACACUCACACUCACUCUCUCUCUCUCUCUCUCUCUCUCUCUCUCUCUCUCUCUCUCUCUCUCUCUCUCUCUCUCUCUCUCUCUCUCUCUCCUCACUCACUCACUCACUCACUAGCUAGAAAUCAACACUCCACAGACAAACUAAGGAAGUAAACACACAAACUUACAAAAAACCAACAUGUCCCCCACGUGUGAUGUUUAAAAAUCAUACGCUUGAGUCCCUCCUAGAUAUAUUUAGUGACAAGUUUUGUGAUCAGUGAAUCACAAUCGUGAGCAGCUGAUCAUGGUGCCAUACAAAGAUUUAAAAUGAAGCCUGAGACAUGUGCUUGUGUUUCUUCUAAGUCGUUAGAUUUAGGCCAGUGCAUGGAUACAUAAAUUGUAUGAGUGCUUUUCAAGCUUUCCUCAGACGGAUUCAUUCCAUGUAUCACUAUAUUUAUUGCAGUGUGUAUAUGUAUCAAAGCUUUAUCUGUCUGUAAAUAAAAUUAUUUGCUUUUUUAUAAUUUCUGUAUAAAAAUGUGCAAUUUUAUCUCCAAUAGAUGUUCAAACCUUA